GAGAAUCCCUCCACAACACGGUACAUCAGGAUCAAGAUGAUGUCUGAGACAGAGGCCUCAAGUUCACCAGCAUACAAUGACCUCCUUGCUCGUAGUAUAGAGGAGUGGUUCCAGUACUACAUAUUUGCAGAAGAUUUUCUGAUAGUCAUAAAGAAAUAUGACAGAUUCUUUGAAGUUCUUUCCAAGCAAAAUAUUGCCCAAUUACAACAGCUGAUAGAUUCAAAAAGCAAGACCCCAGAAGCAAUCAACUCUAUUCUCCUGGACUAUUUGAAGAAGGGCCACCCUAAGUGGUUUGACAUUGUGUUGGACAUCUUGAGGGACACAGACCUCAAUCGAAACUUUGUAGCGGAGCUGCUUGUUCAGAAAAAAAGUGAGCUGGACCUUGCCAUCAGAGAAGGAAAGGUUCCCUUGCAGGGUUUAGACAUACCAAGGACUUCUCAGGGCUCUCAGGAAGAACAGCAGAGGGGACAUACAAGUGAAGGAAUGAGGCAUCUGUCUACAGGAUCUGAGAAUUUUCUUCCCAAUACGAGAAGCUUUCUCAACUGUUCCAAUGGGUUGGACAGGGUGACUCUUGAGAGUGGCAGAGCGGGCGUUUCAAGCUGUGACAUUGUGUUUGAAGAAAAUUUAAAUUUAGUCACUGGGACCGAAGCUGCUCCAUUUGGUGACUGUGCCGGGUCAAAUGAUCAGCAUGGCAUGGACCAUGUGGCCUCUCUCCCUGUUUUUUUUAGCUUGACAGAUGAACAAACAGAAGUCUUGAAAGUCGUAGAGGAUUCAAAAGAAUCGUUGCGAAAAGGUGCCUUUGGGAGCUCAAACAGCAUAGGGCAAACUACUGUGUCAUGUAAUCACUACCCUGAACUGCCAGGAAGGGAAGAAGAGGAAGAAGACAGAAGCCUACACUGCUCAAAAAAACAGGAAGAAGAAUCAGAUAGAGCAGGAGUUAAUGAGGACAUAAUUGGAGUUACCUUUCUGAGUGGAGAUGCAGAGUAUGGGGGUAAUGGUGACGAGAUGAUGCAGAAUCUUACAGGUGUGGUUAAUGUGACUCCAGAUGCACAAGUCACACUGGAUCAUCAAGUGAGAGCUUCAGUUGAAUCACCGUGUGGUUUAUUGUCCGAAGAGAGUAAUGGGGAAACUAUGCAACUGUCACAAGCUCUUGAAAGAGAUAGAAUGACUGAAAACAUGAAACUUGAGGUUGGUCCAGUGUUGAUAUGGGAGGUCAAGGAGGAUAAGAGGAAAAAUCCAGAGCUGAGAAGUGAGCACGACGCUCAGGUUGAGAGAACAGGUCAAGAAGAUGGUGAUUUCACAUUGUCAGCAGAGAGUGGCACUGACAUGGCACAACCUACUUGCAUUGGGACAGAACAGGGUAUGGGCAAGUUUGAAGCAGGUUCUUUCCCCACAACCACAGCAGAAUCAUUAUCAUCAACACCAGCUGCAGCAGCAACAAAACCACUGAUGUCCAGACAACCACCAGUCUACGAGAUCAACUCUGAUUCUGCUGAUGCAGCUACGCUCUAUUCUAGCGCAGAUGAGAGCAGCAUAGACUUUUCCGAGAACUGCCUGCCACAUCUGGCAGAAUCUGACAGCUCCUACUUGCAGCCAUCUGAUGAAAUGAACCACAGUAGCAUGGCCGGCACAGUCAUUGAUGCAGAGCCCAAGAUAUACAAGUCUCACCACGUACCAUCUAAUUCUAAUCGGGAGAAAAUAGAAAAAGAUAUCACAACAGUUCCAAAAGGUCCAGUCUACAAAUCCCAUUUCAUCUCAAGAAAUGACAUAAAGAGGCCGUCGCCACAGCAGAAGAUAACAGUGUACAAAUCCUCGCACAUGAAGAGAGGCAUUGUUUGAUGGGUUGCUCUACUUUUCCGGACGCCAGUGUUGAUGUUGGAAAAGCUUCGCUGACGUUCCAGAGGUUUGUUGAGUGUGUCCUGCAAGUCAUGUAUGAAUGUCAUAAUAAACACUCUUAUAGUGUAAUUGAAGAAUAUUAUAUUCGUUUUAUGCACAAAUUUGAAUAAUGCAGGUAUUUUUACCUCCUUUUCAACACAAUUUGGAUCGUUUAGUAGGACUUUUAGGAGAUUAGCUUCGGCUGUGCCUGUCAGGGCCAACCCAGGCUGAGGGGGAUACAACAUCCCAGCAGACGGACCGAGAUACUCAAUAAAAGUCUCUGCCACUCAG